GCGAUGCCCCGCCCCGCCGCAAGGCAGCACGGGAAAACCAAGAUGGACGCGUCCAUUUGAACGUCGUGCACGCCCGCCCGGCUUUAGCGGUCCGCUGCUGCUCCUGCCCAUUCUUCCUCCGGAAUAAGGGAGGAAGAGGGAUGAGAAGCUGUGGCGGCCGAGGAGUCACUGUGACCGAUCUGCCCCUCGGCCCCCGCGCCUCCAGGGAGCAGCCGGGGCUCGCCGCGCCGGACGCGUCCCGAGUCACACAGAAAUAAUGGUGAUAUUUGGAACCCAUGUCGAACUUCUAUGAAGAAAGGGCAACGAUGAUUGCAGCCGGGGAUUUGCAGGAAUUUGUUCCUUUUGGUCGUGACCACUGCAAGCACCACCCUAAUGCUUUGAACCUUCAGCUGCGCCAGCUGCAGCCAGCCUCUGAAUUAUGGUCUUCUGAUGGUGCUGCUGGCCUGGUGGGAUCCCUUCAAGAGGUUACAAUCCACGAGAAACAGAAGGAAAGCUGGCAGUUAAGGAAAGGAGUAAGUGAAAUUGGAGAGGAAGUGGACUAUGAUGAAGAACUCUAUGUGGCUGGAAAUAUGGUGAUCUGGAGCAAAGGAAGUAAAAGCCAGGCACUGGCAGUUUAUAAAGCGUUUACAGUUGACAGUCCUGUCCAGCAGGCGUUGUGGUGUGACUUCAUUAUAUCACAGGAUAAGUCUGAAAAGUCCUACAGUAGCCAUGAAGUAGAAAAAUGCAUAUGUAUAUUGCAAAGUUCGUGUAUAAACAUGCAUAGCAUAGAAGGAAAGGAUUAUAUAGCUUCCUUACCAUUUCAGGUUACGAACAUUUGGCCCACUAAAUAUGGAUUGUUGUUUGAACGAAACACUUCUUCCCAUGAGGCACCUCCAGGUCCACCCAGAGAACCUUUACCCACUAUGUUCAGCAUGCUGCACCCACUAGAUGAAAUAACCCCACUUGUUUGUAAAUCUGGAAGUCUUUUUGGCUCAUCACGGGUACAAUAUGUUGUAGAUCAAGCAAUGAAAAUUGUGUUCCUCAACAUUGACCCCUCUAUCGUAAUGACCUAUGACACUGUCCAAAAUGUGCAUUCCGUGUGGACUCUCCGGAGAGUUAGAGCAGAGGAAGAGAAUGUUGUCCUAAAGUUCUCUGAACAGGGGGGAACCCCACAGAAUGUGGCCACUAGCAGCUCCCUCACAGCACAUCUGAGAAGCCUGUCCAAAGGCGACUCCCCCGUGGCAUCACCUUUCCAGAACUACUCCUCCAUUCACAGCCAGAGCCGCUCGGCCUCGUCACCCAGCCUGCACUCUCGGUCACCUUCCAUUUCCAACAUGGCAGCUCUAAGCCGUGCUCACUCUCCUGCCUUGGGGGUGCACUCCUUUUCAGGGGUGCAGAGGUUCAGCCUUUCAGGCCACAACCAAUCUCCAAAGAGACACAGCAUUUCUCAUUCUCCAAAUAGUAAUUGCAAUGGCUCCUUUCUUGCACCAGAGACAGAGCCAAUAGUUCCUGAAUUGUGCAUUGAUCAUUUGUGGACAGAAACAAUCACUAACUUAAGAGAGAAAAAUUCACAGGCUUCCAAGGUAUUCAUUACGUCUGACCUGUGUGGACAAAAGUUCUUAUGCUUUUUGGUGGAGUCCCAGCUCCAGUUACGCUGUGUAAAGUUUCAGGAGAGUAAUGAUAAAACCCAACUCAUCUUUGGCUCCGUCACCAACAUACAUGCAAAGGAUGCAGCACCAGUGGAGAAAAUAGACACCAUGCUGGUCCUAGAAGGCAGUGGAAACCUGGUGCUCUACACAGGAGUGGUUCGGGUGGGAAAGGUCUUUAUUCCUGGCCUGCCAGCUCCUUCCCUGACGAUGUCCAGCACAAUGCCUCGGCCCAGCACACCGCUGGACAGUGUUAGCACUCCCAAGCCUCUUAGUAAACUCCUCGGGUCAAUGGAUGAGGUGGUGCUAUUGUCCCCAGUUCCAGAACUGAGGGAUUCUUCAAAACUUCAUGAUUCUCUCUAUAAUGAGGAUUGCACUUUCCAACAGUUUGGAACUUAUAUUCAUUCUAUCAGGGACCCCGUCCAUAACAGGGUAACUCUAGAACUAAGUAAUGGCUCCAUGGUUAGAAUCACUAUUCCUGAAAUUGCCACCUCUGAAUUAGUACAAACAUGUUUACAAGCGAUUAAGUUUAUCCUGCCAAAGGAAAUAGCAGUCCAGAUGCUUGUGAAGUGGUACAAUGUCCACAGUGCGCCGGGAGGACCCAGUUACCACUCAGAGUGGAGUUUGUUUGUGGUUUGCCUCAUGAAUAUGAUGGGUUAUAACACAGACCGCUUAGCAUGGACCCGAAACUUUGACUUUGAAGGAUCACUUUCUCCUGUCAUUGCUCCCAAAAAAGCAAGGCCUUCUGAGACUGGAUCUGAUGAUGACUGGGAAUAUUUACUAAAUUCAGACUACCACCAGAAUGUUGAGUCUCACCUUUUGAAUAGAUCUUUAUGUUUGGGUUCUUUGGAAGUUUCAAGGGUGAAAGAUGAAGACUUUGCACAGAAUCUCAGUCUGGAUUCUUCUACUCUUCUCUUUACUCAUAUACCUGCAAUAUUUUUUGUUCUUCACCUUGUCUAUGAGGAGUUGAAGUUGAAUACUCUAAUGGGAGAGGGAAUUCGUUCGCUUGUUGACCUUCUUGUUCAGUUGGCAAGGGACUUGCACUUGGAGCCUUAUGUAGAUCAUUACUAUAGAGACUAUCCAACACUUGUCAGAACUACUGGACAGGUGUGCACAAUUGAUCAAGGUCAAACAGGAUUUAUGCAUCAUCCGUCAUUUUUUACAUCUGAACCGCCAAGUAUUUAUCAGUGGGUGAGUUCCUGUCUGAAGGGUGAAGGAAUGCCGCCUUAUCCUUACCUCCCUGGGAUCUGUGAAAGAAGCAGACUUGUAGUCUUGAGUAUUGCCCUCUACAUUCUUGGUGAUGAGAGCUCUGUUUCUGAUGACACUUCAAAAUAUUUAUCUAAAAUAAUUAUAGCCCCACAAAAGGCACAAGCAGAACAAGAAGAAAACAGGUUUAGUGUCCAACGUUCUACAUCAGUUUCUAGCCUAGCUGAAAGAUUAGUUGUCUGGAUGACCAGUGUAGGAUUCACUUUAAGAGAUUUGGAAACCCUUCCCUUUGGAAUUGCUCUUCCCAUCAGGGAUGCAAUUUAUCAUUGCCGCGAGCAGCCUGCUUCCGACUGGCCAGAAGCGAUCUGCCUCUUGAUUGGACGUCAGGAUCUUUCUAAGCAGGCCUGCGAAGGAAAUUUUCCCAGAGGGAAGUCUGUGCUCUCAUCAGAUGUUCCUUCAGGGACGGAAACUGAAGAGGAAGAUGAUGGCAUGAAUGACAUGAAUCACGAGGUUAUGUCCUUAAUAUGGAGUGAAGAUCUGAGGGUGCAGGAUGUGCGAAGGCUCCUUCAGAGCGCGCACCCUGUGCGUGUCAACGUGGUGCAGUACCCAGAGCUCAGCGACCACGAGUUCAUCGAGGAGAAAGAAAACAGAUUGCUCCAGUUGUGUCAGCGAACCAUGGCCCUUCCAGUGGGGCGAGGCAUGUUCACCCUGUUUUCAUACCACCCUGUUCCAACAGAACCACUGCCGAUUCCUAAACUGAAUCUGACUGGACGAGCCCCUCCUCGGAACACAACGGUAGACCUGAACAGCGGGAACAUCGAUGUGCCCCCCAACAUGACAAGCUGGGCCAGCUUCCACAAUGGGGUGGCCGCAGGGCUGAAGAUCGCCCCUGCCUCCCAGAUCGACUCAGCUUGGAUAGUUUACAAUAAGCCCAAGCAUGCUGAGUUAGCCAAUGAGUACGCUGGCUUCCUCAUGGCGCUGGGUCUGAAUGGACACCUUACUAAGCUGGCUACUCUCAACAUCCAUGACUACCUGACCAAGGGCCAUGAAAUGACAAGCAUUGGACUGCUCCUUGGCGUCUCAGCUGCAAAACUAGGCACCAUGGAUAUGUCAAUCACUCGGCUCCUUAGCAUUCACAUUCCUGCGCUCUUACCCCCAACGUCCACAGAACUUGACGUUCCUCACAAUGUGCAGGUGGCUGCGGUGGUUGGCAUUGGCCUUGUGUAUCAAGGGACAGCCCACAGACACACUGCAGAGGUCCUGUUGGCUGAAAUAGGGCGGCCCCCGGGUCCUGAAAUGGAAUACUGCACUGACAGAGAGUCGUACUCUUUAGCUGCUGGCCUGGCCCUGGGCAUGGUUUGCUUGGGGCAUGGCAGUAACUUGAUAGGUAUGUCUGACCUCAACGUGCCCGAGCAGUUGUAUCAGUACAUGGUUGGAGGUCACAGACGCUUCCAAGCAGGAACGCACAGGGAGAGACAUAAAUCUCCAAGUUACCAAAUCAAAGAAGGUGAUACCAUAAAUGUGGAUGUGACUUGUCCAGGUGCUACUCUAGCUUUGGCGAUGAUCUACUUAAAAACCAAUAACAGAUCCAUUGCAGACUGGCUUCGAGCUCCUGACACCAUGUAUUUGCUGGACUUUGUGAAACCAGAAUUUCUCUUGCUUAGGACACUUGCUAGAUGCCUGAUUUUGUGGGAUGAUAUUCUACCAAAUUCCAAGUGGGUUGACAGCAAUGUUCCUCAAAUUAUAAGAGAAAAUAGUAUCUCUCUGAGUGAAAUUGAAUUGCCUUGCUCAGAGGACCUGAAUUUGGAAACUUUGUCGCAAGCACAUGUCUACAUAAUUGCAGGAGCGUGUUUGUCUCUGGGUUUUCGAUUUGCUGGCUCAGAAAACUUAUCGGCAUUUAACUGUUUGCAUAAAUUUGCAAAAGAUUUUAUGACUUAUUUGUCUGCACCUAAUGCUUCCAUAACGGGUCCUUACAACCUGGAAACCUGCCUGAGUGUGGUGCUGCUGUCUCUUGCCAUGGUGAUGGCUGGCUCGGGGAACCUGAAGGUUUUGCAGCUUUGUCGCUUCUUGCACAUGAAAACAGGUGGUGAGAUGAACUACGGUUUUCACUUAGCUCACCACAUGGCGCUUGGACUUCUGUUUUUGGGAGGAGGAAGAUACUCUCUGAGCACGUCGAACUCUUCCAUUGCCGCUCUUCUCUGUGCCCUCUACCCACACUUCCCGGCCCACAGCACUGACAACCGGUAUCAUCUCCAGGCUCUCCGGCACCUCUAUGUACUGGCUGCAGAACCUAGGCUCCUGGUGCCUGUGGAUGUGGAUACAAACACGCCAUGCUAUGCCCUCUUAGAAGUCACCUACAAGGGCACUCAGUGGUAUGAACAAACCAAAGAAGAACUGAUGGCCCCUACUCUUCUUCCAGAACUCCACCUUUUAAAACAGAUUAAAGUUAAAGGCCCAAGAUACUGGGAACUGCUCAUAGAUUUAAGCAAGGGAACCCAACACUUGAGGUCCAUUCUUUCUAAGGAUGGGGUUUUGUAUGUGAAGCUCAGGGCAGGUCAGCUCUCCUACAAGGAAGAUCCAAUGGGGUGGCAAAGUUUGUUGGCCCAGACUGUUGCCAACAGGAACUCUGAAGCCCGGGCUUUCAAGCCUGAGACAAUUUCAGCCUUCACUUCUGAUCCAGCACUUUUGUCAUUUGCUGAGUAUUUCUGCAAACCAACUGUGAACAUGGGUCAGAAACAGGAAAUUCUGGAUCUCUUUUCUUCAGUACUCUAUGAGUGUGUCACUCAGGAGACCCCGGAGAUGUUGCCUGCAUACAUAGCAAUGGAUCAGGCUAUAAGAAGACUUGGAAGAAGAGAAAUGUCCGAGACGUCUGAACUGUGGCAGAUAAAGUUGGUAUUAGAGUUUUUUAGCUCCCGAAGCCAUCAGGAGCGGCUGCAGAACCACCCCAAGCGAGGGCUCUUCAUGAACUCCGAGUUCCUCCCUGUGGUGAAGUGCACCAUUGAUAACACCCUGGACCAGUGGCUGCAAGCCGGGGGUGACACGUGUGUGCACGCCUACCUCAGCGGGCAGCCCUGCGAGGAGCCCCAGCUGAGCAUGCUGGCCUGCUUCCUCGUCUACCACUCGGUGCCCGCCCCACGGCACCUGCCGCCCCUCGGACUGGAAGGGAGCACAAGCUUUGCCGAACUCCUUUUCAAAUUUAAGCAGCUGAAGAUGCCGGUGCGAGCUCUGCUGAGAUUGGCUCCUUUGCUCCUGGGAAAUCCACAGCCCAUGGUUACGUGAUGACAUCCAGGGGCCAACCCAUCCUGAAACGUGACUGCAUAAAAAUGGUCUUCUGAAGCUGCACUUUAAAGUAAUCUAUUUCUACCCAAGACUUGAGAAUGUCUGUCUAUCCCCAUGGCUCUGGACUAGAUGAUGAUGAAAGAUGCUGUGUGUGAAGAUGUCUCCAGCUUCAGGUUCAGAUACAGAGAGGAGAAAGCUGCCUGCUGUCGAGUCUGACCCGGACCGGGCUUCCUAAAGAGCAAGUGGGACCUCACGCAGGUAGAAGCUGCAAGGUCUUCACCCGCUCAUGAGAUGAUUUCGCAUUUCUUCCAUAUCCUGACUUGUAUAAGU